AUAACGGUCGAUUACAACUAUUUCUAUGCCUUCUGAGUCUAUUUAGGUUUAGAAGUAAUUUUGGUACCCUGCAAUGUGUUUGGGGUCUUAUGCUUUAUAUGGAGUUGGCAGAUGCAACCAGUCUUGCAUUCUACACAGCCACAGCUGGCGGCCGAAUAGCCGAUCUCAUUUCUUUUGAACAUAAUGAAUGCAGACUUGACAGAUGAGCACUGGACCGUGUCCUCUUUACCAUUCACCGUGCCAAGGGCAGCAUAUUACUAGGACCUACAUACUGGUGAUUUCAAUUCACAAUGAACUUGUGGGUCACAU